AUGGACAAUGUGACCAACGGUCACUUGGAUCCUAUUUUCGGUCGAGACUGGCUACGGGAAGUAGAGUUGGACUGGAAAGAAGUAAAAACAAUCAAACAAGAAACUGGAGGACGUUUAGACGAACUUCUAAACAAAUACAAGGAUGUUUUCGAGCCAGAUAUAGGCCAAAUACCUGAUCAACUAGGCCACUUACAACUGGCACCUGACGCUCGACCAAUAUUUAUGAAAGCAAGGCCAAUACCUUAUUCCUUGAAACAAAAGGUAGAAGAGGAACUAGAGCGCUUAGAAACUGCAGGAAUAAUAACAAAGACGGACAAUUCUGAAUGGGGAACACCCAUAGUACCAGUUAUGAAACCCAAUGGUGAAAUUAGAAUAUGUGCUGAUUAUAAGGUUACGGUGAACAGACAAAUUCAAGACGAACACUAUCCAAUACCGAGAAUUGAAGAUAUUUUUGCAAAUAUGAGCGGUGGCAAGAUUUUCUGUACUCUGGACUUAAAAAAGGCUUACUUACACCUACAAAUGGAUGAAGCAAGUGCUGACAUACAAACCUUAAGUACACAUAAGGGACAGUUCAGAGUUAAUAGACUCAUGUUCGGCGUUAAAGUAGCUCCUGGAAUUUGGCAAAGAAUCAUGGACAAGGUCUUAUUGGGUAUAGAAGGCACUCAAUGUUUCUUCGAUGACAUAAUCAUCCAAGGAAAAUCAGAAGAAGAGUUGCUCACUCGGUUGGAAAUGGUACUUCAGAGAAUAAAAAUGAACGGACUAAGAGUAAAUAGAGAUAAAUGCAAGUUUCUACACAAACAAAUUGAGUACUUAGGUCACACUAUAGAUGCCCACGGAAUCCACAAAUCAGAAGAUAAAGUUAAGGCUAUCAGGCAAGCAAGAAGACCCCAGAAUGUUAGUGAACUAAGAACCUUCUUAGGUCUUGUCAACUAUUAUAACAGAUUUAUCGAGAACCUGGCAACGAUUCUCAAUCCGUUACAUGGACUACUGAAAAAGGAAAAGAAAUACAAGUGGACAGAUCAAUGUGAACAAAGCUUUCAGAAGGUCAAGGAGAUCAUUACAAAUGAAAUUGUCCUUACUCAUUUUGAUCCAGUCUUACCUUUGGUAUUGGCAACAGACGCAUCUCCGGUGGGACUUGGCGCAGUACUGUCACAUAGAUUUCCAGAUGGAAGUGAAAGACCUAUAGCCUUCGCUUCAAGAACAUUGACAAAACCAGAAGAGAUAUAUAGCCAAAUUGACAAAGAGGCUACUGGAAUUUAUUGGGGACUAAAAAAGUUCUUCCAAUACUGUUAUGGACGUAAAUUCAUCCUAGUAACGGAUCACAAACCGUUAGUUACAAUAUUCAAUCCUGAUAAAAACCUCCCUUCUAUGUCAGCUACACGACUUUUUAACUAUUCACACUUCUUAUCAGGUUUUGACUACAGAAUAGAAUUUAGACGAACAAAUGAUCAUGGAAAUGCGGACUUCCUUUCAAGAUUUCCAAUUGAAAAACAAUCAAAUGCCAGCAUGGACCAGACUGAUGUUUUCUAUAUGAACCAAAUUGCAACGAUCAACCUAAACCAUAACCUAAUUGCUCAAGAAACAAAAAAAGAUGAAAACAUGCAACACUUGCUACUAGCUUUGGAAACUGGAAAAUCCUUGGAGAACUAUGGUUAUCAUAAUGGUGAGCUAUGUCUACAUGAUGGUUGUAUCAUGAAAGGUUGGAGGGUGAUGAUUCCUAGAUCUUUACAAAAACAUGUCCUCGAAGAACUACAUUUUGGUCAUUUGGGUAUGGUAAAAACCAAAGCCUUAGCACGGAGCUUUUGCUACUGGAAAGGUUUGGACAAAGAUAUAGAAGAUAAUAUUUCAAAAUGCAGACAGUGCAGGGAAAAACAAAAUUUACCGAAGAAAGAAAUUAACCAUCCCUGGGAGCCAGCAAGUGAACCAUGGGAGCGGGUCCACAUAGAUUUUGCUGGGCCAACCAACGGAAACUACUUUCUGUUGGUAGUAGACGCAUUCAGCAAGUGGGUUGAAGUCAUACCUACGAAGAGUAUUACAUCUUCAUGGACAAUCAGAGAGCUGCGUAAAAUAUUCACCACCUUUGGACUACCAAGUGUUAUAGUCUCUGAUAAUGGUCGUCAGUUCACCUCUUCUGAAUUUAGUAACUUUUUGAAGAAAUGUGGAACUUUGCACAAGAAGACAGCUCCUUACCAUCUUCGAACGGCCAAGUCGAACGCUUCGUACAAACGAUAA